GUACCAUUUGGAAGUUGGAACCUUCCUCUGUAACAGUUCGUCAAGUUGGUUCUUACAAAUAUUGACAUGCAACAUUGUGUUAGAUAUUGGAAACCAGUCUUGUGAACAAACAUGGCAUCGACUUUUUCUUCAGCCACCUUUACGUCCAUAUCAACACUGUUUUGCUUCUGCAUGUUUUGCAUCAAUGCAACAACCAACAAAGAAUUCAUACUAAUGGGGCAAUCAUUGGGAACUUCAGACACCAUUGUUUCUUACGGUGGCAACUUUGAACUGGGCUUUUUCUCCAGAAUCAGAGACAGCACCACCAAGUACUACAUAGGCAUAUGGUUUAAAAAAGUUCCACACGACAAGGUUGUGUGGGUUGCUAAUAGAGAUUACGCAGUUCAAACAUCCUCAGCAGUUCUUACUAUUCAUUCUGAUGGAAAUAUUGUGAUCAUAGAUGGACCAAUGAUGUACCAUGUGAACAACGUUUCAAAUAAUUUUAGUACCUAUGCCACGCUCUUAGACUCGGGAAACUUAGUACUGCUCAACAACUCAAAUAAAGCGGUUUUGUGGCAGAGUUUUGAUUAUCCAACCGAUACCCUUUUACCAGGAAUGAACCUAGGACAUGAUGCAGCCUUAGGUUACACUUGGUCGUUAAGAUCAUGGACAAGUGCUAAUGAUCCUGCUCCAGGAGCUUUUUCCCUGGAGUACGAUUUUGGCAGGGCCAGUUUAAUAGUCAAUAAGGGUUCUAAUGUGUUUUGGAUUGAUGACCAUUCAAAUGUAACUAUUGAGAGUGUUAUUAACCGAAUUGGUGCGGUAAUGAACAAUUUAGAUUAUUGGACUUGGCCUGCGGAUAGUAACUCUAGGCUGGUACUAGAAGUUUCUGGUGAGCUUAAUGAGGAGUUUUGGUCAGAGGAAGCAAAGCGUUGGGUUUCUUUACAAUCAUCAAAGUGUGGAACGAACAAUUCAUGUGGAGUUUUUUCCAUUUGUAACCCGCAAGCUCUUCACCCUUGUGACUGUCUCCAUGGUUUCAAGCCGUUUGAUAUUGAUUCGUGGAGGAAGGGGAACAAAUCUGCUGGCUGCGUUAGGAAAACGGACUUGUCUUGCAGAAAUAGCAGCAGUAAUGAUGGAUUCCUCCAGUUCAAUGAAGUGGAAUUACCACCAACUUUGGACGGAUAUAGUGAGAAAACAAAGACCAAUAUGGCGAAAGAGUGUGAAAGUAAUUGCUCCAGAAAUUGUUCUUGUGUUGCUUAUGCUUAUGAUUUAAACGGUAAUUGCCAAUUGUGGCUAGGUGAGGUAUUGAGUCUAAAGAACAUCUCAACAUAUGAGGAUAAAUUUUAUAAUACUAAUCCAAGCUUUUAUCUCAGACUUGCUGCCUCUGAAUUGAUUCUCACUGAGUCAAACACAACAAAUGGUAAAGAACCAAUGAAUGAUUUUCACAAGCAUGAAAACAGGAGGAGGGAUCUACUUCUAAUUGUUAUACUAAUCUCAUUUCUAACGUUUCUUAUAUUGGGCCUAUUUGUUUACUGGACUAGAAGGCAAAGGAGAAAAGGAGAAGAUUUGCUACAUUUUGAUGUAGGCAUGAGCAUGAAAAUCACAGACUCUGAGCUUAGUGAAACAGACAAGGGUGUGAAAGUUAAAAAGAAGGAAGUUAAAUUGCCAUUAUUCAGUUUUGUGAGUGUUUCAGCAGCAACUGAUAACUUUUCAGAUGCAAAUAAACUUGGUGAGGGUGGCUUUGGACCCGUUUACAAGGGUAAAUUAUUGAAUGGAGAUGAAGUUGCUGUGAAAAGGCUAUCCCGAAGAUCUGGUCAAGGGUGGGAAGAGUUGAGAAAUGAAGCCUUAUUAAUUGCAAAACUGCAACACAACAAUCUUGUUAGACUUCUAGGCUGCUGCAUUGAUCGAGAUGAAAAGAUGCUGAUUUAUGAAUUUAUGCCUAACAAAAGCUUAGAUUUUUUUCUUUUUGAUGCAACAAAAAGGAGGAUGCUAGAUUGGGGAACACGAGUUAGGAUUAUUGAUGGGAUUGCUCAAGGACUCAUUUAUCUUCAUCAAUAUUCCAGGUUCCGCAUCAUUCACCGGGAUCUAAAAGCUAGCAACAUAUUGUUAGACAUCAACAUGAAUCCUAAAAUAUCAGAUUUUGGAAUGGCAAGAAUAUUUGGUGAGAAUGAACUUGAAGCAAAUACUAACCGGAUAGUUGGAACUUAUGGCUACAUGUCGCCUGAAUAUGCCAUGGAAGGCCUUUUCUCAAUAAAAUCAGAUGUAUUUAGCUUUGGAGUCCUGUUGUUGGAGAUUGUACAUGGCAAAAAGAAUACUGGUCUUUAUCAAACAAAUUCCUUCAAUCUUCUUGGAUAUGCUUGGGAUCAUUGGAGAAGCAAUCAGGGAAUUGAGCUAAUGGAUUCAACACUGGAAGAUACCUCUAGUACGCAUGUGGUACCAAGAUAUGUGAACAUAGGACUUCUUUGUGUUCAAGAAAGUCCAGCAGAUAGGCCAACAAUGGCUGAUGUUGUAUCAAUGAUUGGGAAUGAAUUUGUGGCCCUUCCUUGUCCUAAACCACCUGCAUUUCUAAAUCUGAGAGGUGAUGAAAAUUCAAGAUUUUCCAGAAACAUGCCAGAAAACUUUUCUGUAAAUGGUAUCACAGAUUCUCUUGUGGAAGCAAGAUGAGAGGCUUCUCUUGUUGAAACAUUUAAACUGCAACUUGUUUUGGAAAACAAGACAUAUUUGCUGGACUAAUUGAGGUGCUUGAUAUGCAAUAUAAUUGGAUUAU